AUGCCGCGUGUAUAUAGACCCGAUCCUACAAGAAAAAGGUAUAAAAAAUAUAACAUAGAAAUCAUUAAAAAAGCUGUGGAAGAGUAUGCAUCUUCUCGAAAUGUUAAAUUAGAAGAUGUUGCAAAAAAAUAUGGUAUACACAAAUCGGUGUUGUAUCGUCACUGUACCCGGGAUAUGAAGCAACAUGGAGGCCAAAGAGCUUUAUCCGAUGAAACUGAAAGUUACUUAAUAGAAAACAUAAACAAAUGUGCAGAAUGGGGUUAUCCCUUAGAUACUUUGGAUCUCAGGUACAUAGUAAAAAUGUAUCUUGAUAAGAUAGGUAUAAUCCAUAAAAGAUUUAAGGAUAAUUUUCCAGGACCGGAUUUUGUGCAGAGCUUCCUAUUACGACACAAAAAUGAGAUUUCCCAAAGAGUUUGCGAAAAUAUCAAGCGUGUGAGAGCUAAGGUAUCUCCAGAUACUAUUAAAGAAUAUUUCAUCGAACUUGAGAAGUCUUUAAAUGGAGUACUUGCUUCUAACAUCUUAAACUACGAUGAAACAAAUUUGACGGACGACCCGGGGCGGAAAAAAAUUCUAAUCAAGCGGGGAUGCAAGUACCCUGAAAGGGUUCUGAACCAUACCAAGGCUUCCGUAUCUAUUAUGAUGGCUGGUACCGCAGAUGGUAAAAUGUUACCACCAUAUGUGGUAUACAAAGCAACCCACUUAUAUGAUUCUUGGGUCCAACAUGGCCCAGAGGGUACUCGAUAUAACAGGUCGACAUCUGGAUGGUUUGAUGGAACCACUUUUGAGGACUGGGUGCAAAAUAUGGUGAUUCCUUAUUUUAAGGAUUUCCCAGGCAGAAAGUGCUUAAUUGGAGACAAUUUGUCUUCACAUUUAUCAGCAGACUUGAUCCAAACGUGUAAAGCGCACAACAUCGAUUUUGUGUUUUUACCAGCCAACUCAACUCACCUGACCCAACCACUGGACGUGGCAUUUUUUCGUCCAAUGAAGCGUGCCUGGAGGCAAUUAUUAUUAAAAUGGAAAAAGACAGAUGGUCGACAAUUACCCACAAUUCCAAAAGGUUGCUUUCCAAAACUAUUAAAAUUGUUAAUUGAUGAACUUCAAAUAAAUGCUUCAAAGAAUAUAAUUGCUGGAUUUAAGAAAACAGGAAUUAGCCCUUUAAAUGCACAUGAAAUAUUAGCCAGACUUCCCGGCGGAGACUUAGGUGAAGACCAUGAAAGUGCUGUAGAAGAUUCUGUCGUAACACUUCUCAAAGAAAUGAGAUAUGGUUCCAUGAACAUUGUGGAGCCAAGAAGAAAGAGAAAACUCAAUGUACUCCCAGGUAAAAGUGUCGCUUCAGAAGAAAUUGAAAAUUAUGCAGAAACUGAUGUUGAAAACAGUAUGGAAAUUCUUAAAAAAACAAAAUACAAUACAAGUAUUAGUGGCCCAUCAGGUUUAAACAAUAAAAAUAAAGGAAAAGCUAAAAAAAAUACAAUUACAAACUUGAAACUAAAACCAAUUGAAGAAAAAGAAAAUUGCCCUAAUAAAAUAGAACCUUACAAAGGAAAAGGCAAAGGGAUUGGAAAAAAAACUAAAACAUCCUAUUUGGAAGCAAAAGAAAUACAAGAAAAAGAAAAUUUAGAGAAUAAUAUGGAAAACAAUGAGACUAAAGGAAAAGAGAUCGAGGACAUAACAAAAAAAUCAAGUUUGAAAAGAAUAGAAACAGAAAACAAGGGCAAUAAUGAUAACAAUAAAGAAUGGGAAGAAGAAUUCCAUAACAACGCAGAACAAGACAGAAAUACAAGACCGGAAAAUUACGAUAACGUCACGGCUUACGAAAAUUAUGAUACUAAUAUGGGACAGCAAAAUUACAACAGUGUUACGGAAACGGAAAACUACAAUAAUAACUUACAAGAAUUACAGUGCAAAAUACCUAAUGAUAUAGACAUAAACAGUCUGCCCAUUCUCUUUUUUGACAGCGUAUGUGAAGAGGUUACGAUCAGUACUGGAAAAACUGCUGAUGAUAAUACUAUUAUGGAGAAUAAAGUAAAAAUAAUAUCGAAUGACCUGGUGAAUGACGGUCAGUAUAACAAAAAAUACAGAUUACCUACUAUAAAAAAGAGCAAGACUGUAGCGGUAAAAGAUCUCAUUAAAUUGCCAAAGAAAAACCAUACAAAUAAUUACUACAAUAAAAGUGACGAAAUAUUAAAAGUUUUAGUAGAGGAUGAUGACCUGUAAAAACUUUGUUAUAAUAAUUGUUAAGUUGGAAAGAUUUAGAAUUUUGUUGUUUUUUUUUUUUAUUUUGAUUAUUAUUACGUAGUACUAGGUACAGUGUGCUUAGUGCGAGUUUUUUACGUAGACGCGAUAGUAACGUUUAACCGCGUUUGGCGUUCUCAUUGGUUGAGAGUUCUCACGACCUUGGAGCGAGCCAAUAAGUGCGCCAAACGCGGUUAAACGUUACUAUCGCGUCUACGUAAAAAAUCUCGCACUAAACACACUGGUUCUGCAAAGCUAUAACGUAGGCUGAAGUUACCUACCGGUAAUAACUUUGUUAUGAUAAUUGUUAAGUUCAGAAGAUUUAGAAUUGUUUUUUUUAAAAGAAUUUUGAUUAUUUUUACGUAGUAGUACUGAUUCUACAAAGCUAUAACGUAGGCGGAAGUUGAUUACCUGUGAUAACUUUGAUAAUUAUGAUAAUUGUUAAGUUCAGAAGAUUUAGAAUUUGGGUUUUUUAAAAGAAUUUUGAUUAUCUUUACGUACCUAGUAGUACUGAUUCUACAAAGCCAUAAAGUAGGCUGAAGUUGAUUACCUGUGAUAACUUUGAUAUGAUAAUUUAACAAUUAGUUCAGACGAUUUAUAGUUAUUUUUCAUCGUAUAUGUAUAAGCGACUUUUAAUUCAGAAAAUAGUUUUAUUUUAUUCAAAUAAAAAUACGAAUAAGAAGUAUCUUGUUUAAUUUAUUGAAAAGAGAUAACAUUCCGUAAAAAUAAAAUCGGUUAAAAUACAAACAUACUUAAUUAUUUAUGUUUAUAUGCAUAAAUAGUUUAAAUCACAAAUUUCGAAUUUAAUUUAACAUUUAAAAACCAAAACAAUUUUUAAAUACACAACCUUACAUUUUUGCAUGUUGGAUAAGUCAUUUUUGGCAGCCCUAACAGUUUUUCCAUUCACCCCUUUACGCAUUUCUAUUGACCCCUAUCGUCGGGUGAAUAGAAAUGGUACAUAUUUUAUUAAAAAUCUGGAAAACCUUUGCAUAUAGUUAAAAAAUAUUGUUUCAGCUCUUUAUUAUUAGGUACCGGACAUGAUAUAAAAUAACCAGAGAUUAAAAAAAAAAUUAACAGACAACAAAUUCUUAUGACAAAGUUGAAAAUCAUUGCUAUUCACCCCGUUUUACGGUUCUUCACUGUUAAUAUAACGCUGUUAUAUCGUUAUUUCUGUGAUUAUUGUCAAAUAAAUUGAGUAUACAUAAAUACUCUUUAUUCCCAGGGUCAGUAAAAAAAACACUGAAUCAAAUGCACGAGUAAAUUUAAUAUUUUUUACAGAUAAAUCAGUAAAAUUACUAUUUUAACAUUAUUCUAAGUUGGUCUCUUCGGCCGCACUACAGGAGCAUCGACGCGAGUUUGCCUAUUGCGCUCUCUUUCGCGUCGAAUCGUCACGAUACCAGUAUUAUAUCUCAACGGACUGUUACUGCUGUACGUUGUGGAUCCGACAGUGAUAUUCCGAUAAAAAGGACAUAAGUGUGUAUUCAGUGAGAGACUUAGUGUAUAUUUAAACGUGAUAUAAAUAAUUACGUGAUAUUAAUCAAUAUGGUGAGUUAUUUAUUUUUGAAUUAAAUUUGUUAACGAUAUUUAUUUUGUGUUAUCUACCACCAUACCAUGUUAAAACUUUUACCAGUUUUGCUGUAGUCAGUACUUUUACAUAAGUACCUAGUUUAAAAGUAGAUCGGAAUAAAGUCCUAACAAAUUAGGCCUUAAUGAACAAGGAUGGAAUUUAUUGUGUUUUAUAUAAUUAAUAAUAAUAAAUAAAGCCUGGGUAAGGAAAACCUUUCCCAUUUAAAAACUAAGGCGCUUUGCACAUGGAGCAACUAUUGGAGCAACUGGCAACUAGCUGUUUACAUAUAUUUCAAUUGAACCGCGCACACAUAGCAACUCGAGUUUCGAGUUCCGGUAAUCGUCAACAGUUUUCAGUUGCUGUAAUCGAUGACUAAGAUAGUUCCUAAUUGUCGCAACUAGCAACUGUUAAAUAUUAUACUGGUUUUUAAAGUUGCCGGUUUCCUCAACCGUCAAUAGCAACGCGUCGGGCGAUUUCACACCCUCCCUCCCCUCUCCCUGUGCCCGAUCAUUCCAGUCAAGUGCCGCUCAAUACGCCGCCGACUACACACGUCUUGACUUUCGUGCGCAGUAAAUAUGACUGAAAACUAAGCCGACGACAGUAGCCGAGACAGUACAAGAGACGGUACAUUGAACACAGAAGAUUUUAUCGAAGAAAUAAGAAAACAUCGUGCUAUUUGGGAUUUGAGUGCCGAUGAAUAUUUUAGUCGCACAGAGAAGAUAAAAACUUGGGAAAAAGUGGGCAUAAAGAGUAAUGUCACGUUUGAAGAUUUGCCUGCAAGGGAAAAAAUAAAAUAGGUAAUAUUUUUUAUAACUUUAUUUAGGUAGGUACAAGUACCUUUUAUAUCAUUAAAUCUUGCCAUGGAACCGAUCCUUCAGGACUUAUAAAAUAGUCCUUUAGGAUAUCCCUAGUAUUAAUUGACCUUUCUGAACCCAUAAUACUGUUUGUGUUUGCAAGUGUGUUUGACACUGCAUGAAAAUGUAGUCCCUCGUGCUUUCGAAUCAUGUUAUGCAGUAUACAACAUGUCUUAACAAUUAUUUCUGCAAAAUCGGCUGAUACUUGCAUUGGAGAUUGAAAUAUUCGAAAUUUACUGCUUAGUAAUCCAAAGGCGCAUUCAAUACAACGCCUUGCUCGUGAUAACCUGUAAUUAAACAUUCUUUUUGCAUAAUCCAAUUGUUUUCCAGAAUAAGGUCGCAACAUAUGUUUUGAUAAACCAAAAGCUUCGUCACCAAUAAAGCAAUAGUUUAUGGCAUUAGGAAGUCCCGAAAUAUAUCUGGGUUCUGGUAUUUUAAGAGUUCCAUCAUCAAUUUGUUUACAUAAUUUACUCUCUUUAUAUAUUGUCGAAUCAGAAGGUUUUCCAUAGGCGCCAGCAUCGAUAAACGUAAAUAAACAGUUUGCAUCACAAGUAGCCAAAAGUACUAGUGAAAAAUAGCCCUUGUAGUUAUGAUAUAGAGAUCCAGUGCCCGGUGGUUUGGUUAUUCGAAUAUGUUUGCCAUCUAUUGCACCCAAACAGUUGGGAAAAUUAGCUAUUUUUUCGAAUCCAGCUGCUAUAUUAACAAAUCGAUCUUCAUUUAGUUCUGGUAUAUACUCAGUUUCAAGUUUAUUGCAUAUAAGUUGACAAGUUUCUUUGACUAUUCGUCUUGCAGUUGAGGUACCACGUCCAAAUGUGUUUUCAAAUUCAGCAAAGCUACAUCUAGUUACUAAAUACCUAAAAAAAAAAUAAGUAUUUUAGUAAGGCGAUUAAUAUACCAUACCGCCGGACCGGCUAAUAUAAUAAUCCUAGAUUCAGGCCCAGCCGUUUUUGAGUUAUAAAUGGUGUAACUAACCCGACUUUGUUUUAUGUAUAUAGAUAUACAUAAUAUUAUAUGG